AUGGAUACCCAGCCUGAUAACGUUACUCCAGAUUCGCCCGAUGAACUACAAAAUCGUCGUGAAGACGCCGAACCUUCGGUUAUAAGACUUUUGGAGAGAUUGAACAAUUCAAUGGACAUACUCGUCCGACAGAACAGAGAAAUGUUGAGUCUUAUCGAGAGCAGAGGCGGCGAAUUGUUCAGAAGAAAAAAUGGCCCCCGUUUCCAGACCACCGAAGUCGAACCACCGACAACCAUCGCCCUUUCGGAUCCUCCGCCAACUAUAAAGGCAUGGGCCUGUGAUAUGGAACGGUAUCUAAUGUUUUACGGGUACUCUGUCGAACAAAGUCUUUUGGUUAUACCGAGUUAUAUGCGCAUUUGCUACAAAAUUUGGUUUUAUGACUACUGUAAAGAGAACACCCCAGUAACAAUUCAACAGAUCGUAUCUGAUAUUGUUAAAGUAAUAUAUGAGAAUGUCAUAGACGACGAAGUAUAA